AUCACUCUUAACUUUGAAUGAUUUACAUUAGUCGAAACUGAACCCCGACUUUUCCUUACGGUAAAAUCAAUGUGCGUGAACUUUCGAUCAGUAUUGGGUUCUAUGUGUAUUGCUGUCGUGUUUACUGUAACAAAGGAGUAGAUAAAAAAUAUAGUAAUACAAUACUAUUAUGAUUGACUUGUCAAAACAAAAAUGCUUUCUACUUGAUACUUACUUAACGACACAAAAGAAAUUAAAACAAUAGGAUAGGAAUUAAACAUGGCUCCAAGGAAUAAUAAUAAAUAUUAACAAUUCUGAAUAUACAUUUGGAUUAUGUUGAAAUUAAAAAAUAAAAUGAUAAAGUAAACAAAUUUGGAUAAACCAGCUUUCAGACAGUAAUGAUUUGGAUCUUCGUUUUAUGUGUCUUCGUUUCGAGGAUAGCUGUAAUUGAGCCAGCAUGUUCUAACCUAUUACCAUUUGCUGCAUCAACAACGUGGAGAACAAGUAGCAAAGGAACAUGGACAAUUAAUGCAGGUCAGACACAAAUACAAAAUUUUGAAGUAACCACAAGUAGUGUUACCGGACCUGUCAAAUACACAAUGGAUUGUGAGGAUGAUACAACAGAUACUGAUGGAUACACUUUACUUAAAUCUGCAACGACAGUCAAUUUAUUUGGCGGCCCCAAAUAUAUCUAUGUAUGUGUGAAAUUUGAGCAGAAAGACGCAUCGUCAACAGAUUCUUACUUGUAUUAUUUUGGAUCAGGUUCUACUACACUAGCUGUCGGUACAUAUGAAAGGAUUAUUUUGUUGCCAACAACAUCUACAUUUAAUUUUGCUAGCCAUUGUGCAGAAAAAUCAACAGCGGCAGAAAGGACACAUGUUGCGAUAAAAGAUGGAACUGAAGACAAUGCAGCGAUAACAUGUCCGACGUCAAUACAUGGGACAUUUUCGUACAGUGAUACAGCUUGCACAAGUACUUUUCUAGACGUGUGUUCCACCCUUACACAGUUUUAUUUCAAUUAUACUGUUUGUGCUGAAGAACAAAUAUUUUCUGCUGUCGGCCAGUUACUAUGUGUAUUUACUAGUACCAGUGGCAGUAACAACUACCUCACUCUUUACAAUAAAGAUGCAGCGCCUACUUAUCAGUAUGCCUGUUUAGUAUACUCAACCUCUGAUACCAUAGUGUCAGCAUCUAUAAAUCCAAAGGAGUGUUUUGAUAGUUCACUACAAACUCCAACAUCAACUGUACAUCCGGAUGGAGUCACACGAACUUUCACAAAUUAUGGUGAUUCUGUAUGUUAUCCAUCGUCGUCACCGACAUCUACCAAUUUACUAUGGCUGUAUAUAUUAAUAGCAAUUAUUAUUAUUCUAAUAAUAAUUGCUAUCAUAAUACUGAUAUGCUAUCUGAAACGUAAGAAGAAACGAAAAGAACAGAAAAAAGCAGAUGAAGAAUCAUUGCACCCUUCUGAAUCAGAAGAAGAAGAAAAGAGAAACGAUGAAGAACAAAAACGAGACGAAAAGAAACGAGAAGAACAAAAACGUGAACCAAGUCCCAUUCCAGUGAAAGAUGAGGACAGGACUUCCAUAGACUCGGGAAUUCAGCAGGAUAAAAAAGAAGAGGAGAAAGCCAAGAAAGUGGUAAUAGAAGACAAGAAAGAGGAUAUAGAGGAGGAACAACAAAAAUCAGACGAGAAUAGUAAUGAUAUGUCCCAAGAAAACGAAAAUUUAACUGAAGAAGCUAAUAUUGAUAAAGAAAUUCAAAAUAAUGAAAUCAUAAAUAAUUACACAGAUGAUAAGGAAAACAUUGAUACUGACCAAAUUUUAAAACCCGAAAAUGAUUAUGUUAAUAAUGAUAAUAUAGAAAAGUCUGUAGGGGAAAAUGAUAAUGGCAUAGAAGAAAAUAAAACUACUGAUCAAGAAAUAAUAAACAAUGACCCUGACCAAAAUGAACAAACGGAACAAAGUAAGGAAAUUGAAAACGAUAAUGAAAGUGAGACAAAAACUGACCCCAAAGAUAAAACAAUAGAUGUUAAUAUAACUCCUUUAAAAAAUAACAGUAUUGAACCAAAUGAAAAAGAGGGAGAUGUAAACGAUAAUAAUGAACCACAAAAUGAGGUACAGGAGGAACAAACUCCCCAUAAUGAAACUAAAAUUGAAAUUGAGGACGGCAAUUCUGAUAAAAAUGUUGCCGAAAAGCAAAAUCGAAAAGUUAAAAUUUAUGAAAGAGUUGAUUUGGAUGACAACUUGGACCAGCGUAAACCAGAUGAUGUCACUGGCGAAAAGAACACUGAACAGAUCACCCAAACAAUUAAAGUCAAAGGACAAGAAGAUGAGCAAAAGGAAGACGUUGAAGAUGAGGCUGAAAACUCUGGAUCAGAAGAAACUGCAUCGUCGAGUCGGGUUACUACUCCCGAUCCAGAGGAAAUAGAAAGAAAUAUCCGUAAAAUAGGAAUGAAAAAAUCUACAGAUUUCAAGCCUCAAGGCGAGUUAAGCAAGGUUCUCGUUACACGGAAAAUGGAAGAACAUAAACGAAAGGAAAAAGACCACGGAAAAUGGACAAAGAUGAAAAAUAUAUUUCGUGUUAAAGCAAAAAAGAUUAAAGUUGCUAGCUAUCAAAACAAUGACAACAAAGACCACAAAAAAGAAGACGGGCGAAAUGCUGACUCUGACGACGAAGGGAUUCACCGAGAAAAGACUAUUGCUCCGUUCAUGAAGGAAUAUCAUUAUAAAAAACAGAUGGAUCACGUAUUGGAUGAACAACAUGUUCGGGAAAAGCAACCUGAUUUCAAAGAUAGAAUUAAAGAUUCAGAUGAUGACGAUGAGGAAUUUGGUGGCAUUGUUGAUGAUGAAAAGAAACGUAGAGAACAUGAAAAAAUCGAACAAACUCGAAUAGAAAAACUCAAUGAAAAGAAUAAACAUGAAGGAAAGAAACCUUUACAGUCUUCCAAAAACGCGGGGGAGAAAAGGUAUACAAAAGGAUCAGAACAUACGAGAAAGAAACAAAUGGGUGGAGAUCAAGGCAAAGAAAUGGAUGAACUAGAAAGAGCAAAACGUAAACAGAGAACUGAGGAUCAGGGAAAAGAUAGUGGUGUCGAUAGUCCGGACUUUAAAAAGGAAACAAGCUUUAUUGAAAACAACGAAGAAAUGGAGGCUGUUGAAAUGACAGAACCACCGCCAGGUUAUAUCAGAGACAGCACAGGUCAAAUCAUUCGUCUAUAUGAUGGAAAAGUUAUGACACAGGAAGAAAUGCAAUCCAUAUUUCCCACGGCUAGACUUGGAAUGUUAUUCCAUGUACCAAGAUUAAAACGAACAUCACAUGGGCGUCCUACAGGCGAAUAUAUCGAAGAUCCUUUUGGUCCAAAACUGGAAAAUGAUAAGGAAAGCAUUCGUAACGUCGAAUUGAAAGAAGAACAUUCCAAACCAAAGCAUCCCAGAUCAUCAAAAGGGUCCGCACGGAGAGAUAUUAAAGAAAAAACAGUCGCCUUCGAUAUGGAUGAUGGACAAUCAAUGAAUUCUGAUAUACUCAUGGUUGAAGACGAGGAUGAAUGGAAGCAUCGGCGAGACAGCUCUACCACGAACAGAGAACUUCUCAGAAAAAGACUUUUCAAAAAUAAAAGGAAGUCACGUUCACAUGGAGGGGCUGACAACAAGAUGUUUAUGUCCGAUGAUGGCCGACCUAGAGAACUAAGUGAUCUGGUUCGUGUUAUUCCACAAAAUAGUGCCAAUAAGUAUUUAUUAAAUGGUCGUGCACCUAUUCCUGGGUCUGUUGUUUCUAGAAAUGAUAGCAUGAAAAACAAAUUUGACCAUGAACAGCAGCAGAUGUACAGAGAAGGUCUUGCCACUGAUAAAAAGAUUCUUGAACGUUCACCGUCACUCAAACGACCUCCCGGAGUACCACGGCAAGCUUUUACAGAACAGGAUCCUGAUGAUAUUCGAGUUUCAAUUGAUAAUGAAGAAAACGAGAAUCGUUUACAAAGACAGGAAGAUGGCAUUAAUAUUGGAAGUGAUGACGAAUUCUUUCUAGUCGGUGACAAUAGAGAACAGCAGCCAGAGCAGUUUUUUACUCAUACACGACGACCUGGACAAACAACUGUUCGACCUCUUCCUGGGAGUCAUGACAUGUUUUGUCAUAAACAUGACAUGCGCCAUGCCUUGCCAUGGUCUUUAAUAAAUCAGUAUCAAAUAAGAGAAUCUUCCCUACUGGACAUUAAUAGUGUAUCCAAGCACCAUACCAUGUCUAAAUCAGCUGGCAAUGUCAAACGAGAUAUGGACGAUAGACGAUUAAGAGAACUUUUAGAAGAGUUGUACAAAGACAAAAAGUAUUUUGAUCACGUGAUAGAUACAACCGAGCCCAACACAGAACCAAUAAUAGACGAACGAGAUUUAGCAGAACAUGGCCGAGGAUUCUUGCUAGAUCGUGCAGAAUUUUGGGAUGGAAGAGGCGUUCACAUACCUCGCCCGCCUACAACUGCCUUAGGACUACGCUUAUCUAGAAUGAACACUAAUAUGCUUGACUCUGGUCGUGUAUCUAAUAUAUCAUACGCAUCCACAGUUACCCCGCCACCUCACCCUGAACAACGACAAGAAACACCAAAACAAUCAAAAGAAGCUUUCGUUGAACGUGAACAUACUGUGUGCUGAAUGAUAAAUCAUGUACAUGUCUUAUUGUUGAUGUGCAUAUCAAUUUGAUAAGUUGAAAUCAAAAUCAGUGUCUCGUAUACUAGAAAAUUACUUUUAAUCACGGUAUUAAGUACAUGUAUAUUCAGAUAUUUUGUUUCUUUCGUCUAAAAAAAAUACUGUACAAGUCAAAACAAAAUGGAUACAUAUUAGAAGUGGUAAAGUGUUAUAAACAAUUUAUUACUAUAGAAACAAAAGUAUUAUUAAGCUUCCUGUGAUAUUUUGCCGUAUCAAUCAUUGUUAUUUAUUGAUAUUAAAAAUGUAUUUGUUAUCAAA